GCCCCGCCUUUUGUGACUCCCGAGAACAAGGCCCGGUUGCCAGGAAACGGGAAGGAGCCGCGGCGGCGUGGUCUACAAGCCGAGCAGUGCGUGGAGGCAGCCCAGGGAGAGGGACCGACUGUUGCCUUGUGGAGAUGAGCGUGGGCAGCGCGUCAGCGGCAGGUAGAACUCGUGUCUGGCAGCAAGCCCGCUUGAGGCAACUGAGUUGAAGUAUAAAAGCAUAUACUGAAAGCCUUAUGAAGCAGCUGCGUGGGAGUAAAGGAGGGGGCCAUCCCCCAGAGAAGAGUUCCUCCUCUGGUAAGGACACUAUCACCCCAAGAAUACAGACUUCAGAUGACCAUGGGCAGAUCAACAUCCUGAAUCCAAAACUGUUGGCUCAAAAGCGACCUCUGCAAGGUUUGAGCAGUGGCACUGCUGGAAGUGCCAAUGAUGCCAAAAGACCAAAGCUCCUGCCUGAAGUGGGUUCUGGCCAGGAUUCUGAAGAUGAAGAGUCAAAUGACAGUGAUUAUGAGAGAGUGGAGAGUGAUAACGAUGCCAGUGAUGAUACAAACAGUGAUGACGAUGACGAAACUGACAGUGAUGCCUCUGAGAGUAGUAAUGAAGAUCCUGAAGAAACAACAAGCCAGCCUUCUUCAAGGCCUGAUAUAACAAAAGAAUUGUCUUCAAUGUCUUUUGAGGAGCUACUGCAGUUGAGAAAUCGGGUCGGGACCAAAGCUUAUCGUCAGAUGACUACUGGAAAGAGAACACCAAAUGUAACAGAAAUAGAGAAGAGGCAGGGCCCAAGCAAACACAGGCCUUUGGAAAUUUCAGCCAAGAAGCCAGUCCCCUUUCUGCGACAAGUUGUGCCUGUUAAAAAGAAGGUGCCUCGAGAUCCACGGUUUGAUGAUCUCUCUGGAGAAUAUAAGCCAGAAGUGUUUGAAAAGACCUAUAGUUUCCUGAAUGACCUCAGGAAGAAGGAGAAAGAGGUAGUUCAAAAACAACUAAAGAAGAGUCGAAAUGUGGAAGAGAAAGACAAGUUGCAGAGGCUUCUUAAACGGAUGACACAGCAGGAAGACGCACAAAGGAAGCAGCAGAAGGAGAGAGAGAAGGACCUAGCAUGGAAGAGGCAGCAGAGGGAGCUGGCCAAGCAAGGAAAGAAGCCAUUCUAUCUAAAGAAGUCUGAUAAGCAGAAGUGGGAACUGGCUGAGAAGUACAAAGAGUUGAAGAAGAGUGGCAAACUGGAGAGCUUUCUGAGCAAGAAGAGGAAAAGGAAUGCUGCCAAGGACAAAAGGAGACUUCCUUUUAGGAAAGAUGUAUAAUGUCUGGCUACAGGAAAAAAAUAUUUGCCCGUCUCUGCCAGUUGUGAAGGCAACAUUGUAAUAGAAGCAUAAAGAAAACUAUUGACUGCAGCUCUUAGACCUUAGAGGUAAUAUCCGAUGGUCCAGGUUUCUCCACCCUAAAUGGAAGUUUGACCAAAAUUAAGUUGUGAUGUUCCCAGUCUCACAGAAGCCUCUUUAAUUUUUCCAAGAACUAACUUUUAUGUAGCCUCAGUUGAGAAGGGAAAAGAAUUCCAUUUUCCCCAAUUUUCUCCCACAUUCUUCUUCCAUGGUCUGUCUCAAAGUUUAGUGCACAGAGUGUAACUUCCUUGCCCGUUUCAGCUUUCAGUCCACUCUGCCUUUCCCAAACAUCCCCAGUCCUUAUUUUUUUUCUGUUAUGCAGUCUGUGUAGGCUUGGGGGCUCCUCAGUCUUUGCCUACCUCCAGUUUUGAGAAUUACCUUCUUGGACAGCAAUUGAUUCUGCCUGCUGCUACACAUUAGUGCUGCUGGUCUAUGUUUCCAAUUCCUUUUUUUUUAAAGGUAGAUACUGUGGAGGCUUACAAGAUUCCCUAGUAAUUGUAGGUACUGCACCAACAGAAACCUACCUUAAAACAGUUGCCUAAUCUUCUAGCAUUGUAGUGGACUAUGGUCAUCUUUCUAGAAAUGUUCUGCAAAGAUACUAAUUGCAGAACCUCAGACAGGCUGUUUUCAAUUUGACAGAGCUGCUUGGGUCACUAACUGGUACAAUUUCAUUGACAUAACUCAAAGCAAAAUUACUAUUUUUAAUAAAACCAAACUUUCCUUUUCAUCUAUUAAUAUCAAA